GGCGCGACCCCAUUUUACAGAGACGGAAAUGGAGGACUUAAGACCUGAAUCAUCAGGUUCUUGGGAAGUUUCUUUGUUGUAUUGUCUCUGUUCUUCUUUCACGUACUCUGCGUGUAGUGCGUAUGAAUUGUGUCAAGUCCUAUGCACUAGAGUGCAGUGGUCAUUGAAAAGUUAGGGUUUCCUGCUUUGAAGAAAUCGGCAUUCUAGUGGCCACGUCAAACACAAGAGUAAUUUAGAGUUCUAUUUGUCACUUUAGAAAUGAAGCGGGAUAGGGUACCUAGAAGGCGUUGCAGAAGAGUUAACGUUUGAGUUGAGAACCAAAUGUUAAGGAGACCUGCUUGACGCCUAAGAGGAAAUGGCACAAUGGCCCGGGUUUAUUGUUGCUGAAAGUCUAGCAAGCCGAAGGAAAAGAGGCCCAGUGUAUGCCCUGUUAGAAACACUGCCAUCUUGCUGCGUGGCGGGGCUCACGCCUUUAAUCCCAGCACAGACAGACAGAGGCAGAGACAGGCGAAUCUCCAGGCCAGCCUGGUUGGUCUACAGAGAGAGUUCCAGGACAGCCAAGGCUGCACAGAGAAACUGUCUGGGAAAACCAAAAAGAAAGAAAUGCUGUCAUCACCCACCCUCCUCACCACAAGUUCCCAGCCUUCCUUUAGCUCAAGUCACCCUCGGCCCUCUGGACACUGAGCAACCUUUCAUUCCAGGUCCAGGGUCAGCAGAAAAAGAGGAUUGUGACAGAGUCCCAGCUGCACAGGAGUGACACGUGACUUCUGGGCAGGCACUAGAAGUCAUGGAGCUUUUUAAACUCUAUGUGGUGGAAACCCAGGUUCCUAAUUACCAGGCUUCUUGCACCUGGGUGGCCUCCGUACAGCCCUCUACAACUACAUCUUUGCCAAGAAGCACCAAGGGAGCUUCAUUCUGAGGCUGGAGGACACUGAUCAGAGCCGACUGGUACCGAGGGCAGCAGAGAACAUUGAGGACAUGCUGGAGUGGGCAGGCAUCCCACCUGAUGAAAGUCCCCGUCGGGGUGGUCCUGCAGGGCCCUACAAUCAGUCACAGCGGCUGGCACUGUAUGCCCAGGCCACAGAAGCAUUGCUGAAAUCUGGAGCUGCCUAUCCCUGUUUCUGUUCACCACAGCGGCUAGAGCUCCUGAAGAAAGAAGCUCUGAGGAGCCGGCAGACACCCCGGUAUGACAAUCGGUGCCGGAACUUGAGUCAGGCACAGGUGGCCCAGAAGCUGGCCAUGGACCCCAAGCCUGCUAUCCGCUUCCGCCUGGAGGAGGCAGCACCAGCCUUCCAGGACCUUGUCUAUGGCUGGACUCAGCAUGAAGUGGCCAGUGUGGAGGGGGAUCCAAUUAUCCUGAAGAGUGAUGGCUUCCCCACCUACCACCUAGCCUGUGUGGUGGAUGACCACCACAUGAGCAUCAGCCAUGUGCUGCGAGGCUCUGAGUGGCUCGUCUCCACCUCCAAGCACCUGCUUCUCUACCAGGCCCUGGGCUGGCAUCCACCUCAGUUUGCUCAUCUGCCCCUGCUCCUCAACAGGGAUGGUAGCAAGCUGUCUAAAAGGCAAGGGGACAUUUUCCUGGAACACUUUGCUGCCGCUGGUUUUCUGCCUGAAGCCUUGCUUGACAUCAUCACCAACUGUGGUUCGGGGUUUGCAGAGAACCAAAUGGGCAGGACCCUGCCGGAGCUGAUAACACAGUUUGACCUGACUCGGAUCACCUGUCACUCAGCCCUUCUGGACCUGGAGAAGCUCCCAGAAUUCAAUAGGCUGCACCUCCAGCAGCUGGUGAGCAGUGAGACCCAGAGGCCCCAGUUGGUGGAGAAGCUGCAGGCCCUGGUAAAGGAGGCAUUUGGGAACCAACUGCACGACAAGGAUGUUCUGGACCCCGAAUAUGUGGAGAGGAUCAUCCUGCUGCGACAGGGCCACAUCAGCCGCCUACAGGAUCUGGUCUCCCCAGUGUACUCCUACUUAUGGACCCGCCCUGCUGUCCAUCGCGCACAGCUGGGCAUUGAGUCGGAAAAGGUGGACGUGAUUAUCAAACGCUUGCUGGGGGUUUUAGAAAGAUCUGGUUUGAGCCUAACUCAGGAUGUGGUGAACAGAGAACUGAAGAAGCUGUCAGAAGGCCUGGAAGGCACCAAGUAUAGCAGCGUGAUGAAGCUCCUCCGAAUGAUGCUCAGUGGACAGCUGCAAGGACCUCCUGUGGCUGAGAUGAUGGUGUCCUUGGGCCCAAAGGAGGUACAGGAACGAAUCCAGAAGGUGCUUUCUAGUUAAGGAGAAGAUGCAUAGGACCGUGAACGUGGCUCCAAGGGCCUCUACACAUGGAAACUGCAUUCUGAGGAGAUCAGGAGGCCUGGGGCCCAUUUGAAUGAUGAACAGUAGUAGAAACAGACUCUCUGACUACCCUCAUCAGCUGGCCUUUGGGAAAGCCCAGCCUGUUUCACCUCGCUGACUCUGGGAAGGAUGAACCUGAACUCAUGUCUUAAUUUUCUCUCUCUCUUUUUUUUUUUUUUUUUUUUUUGUUUUUUUUUGUUUUUUAGACAGGGUUUCUCUGUAACAGUUCUGACUGUCCUGGAACUCACUCCGUAGACCAGGCUGG